AUGGACUUAAUAAAAUUGGCUAGAGAGGAUGUGCUCGCCAUUCUGCACCCGAAUUUGAAUUCCCUGCACGAGUCAAAAUUCAUCAAGAAAAUUGUUAAGGUGAUUGAAGGCAAAUUAAGUCGCACUGCAUUCAAUGUUGCCCCACACGCACACCUGAUUGGAAUCCAUUCUCGAGUUCAAGAUAUUAAUUUAUGGUUACAUGAUGGAUCGAGUAAAGUUAGAGUACUUCUCAUUUAUGGGAUGCGUGGAAUAGGGAAGACAACCCUUGCAAAAUUCGUUUACAAUAUAAAUUUCAAAAGGUAUAAGGGAAGCAGUUUCCUGGAAAAUAUCAAAGAACAUUCAAAGCAAACCAAUGGUUUAGUACAAAUACAGAAGAAACUUCUUUCUGAUGUUUUGAAUGGCAAACGAGUGAAAGUAGGGAAUAUUAGCGAGGGAAUAAUUAAGAUUGAAGAUGCUCUUAGCUCUAAAAGAGUUCUUCUCGUUUUCGAUGAUGUGGAUCAUGUCGAACAAUUAGAUGCAGUACUUAGGAUGCAAGGCCAGUUUUGUCCAGGAAGCAAAAUCAUCAUCACAACUAGCCACGCAGCUUUGUUAAAUGCUAGCCACCAAGCCAUUAAGGUGCAUAACCUUGAAACUUUUAGUCGCAAUGAGUCACUGGAGCUCUUCAGUUGGCAUGCAUUCGGGCAAGACCAUCCCGAAAAAGAUUACAUGGAACUUUCAGAAAGGGUGGUAAACCUUAGCGGAGGUCUUCCAUUAGCUUUGAAGAUUUUGGGUUCUUCUUUAUCAGGGAAGAGUACAGUUGUAUGGGAAAGUGCAUUAAACAAAUUGGAAGCCAUUCCAAAUGGUGAAAUAUUGAAUAAACUCAGAAUAAGCUACGACUCUUUACAAGAUGAACAUGAUCGAAGUUUAUUUCUCCAUAUUGCAUGUUUCUUCAUCGGAAUGGAGAAAGACGUGAUUGUUAGAAUACUAGAUAGUUGUGGCUUCUACACAAUUGUUGGCAUUCAAAAUCUCAUUGAUAGAUGUCUGGUAACAGUUGAUGAAUAUAACAAGGUGCAUAUGCAUUACAUGAUCCGGGACAUGGGAAGAGGUAUUGUUCACCUAGAAUCAAAGGACCCCGGGGAACGUAGUAGAUUGUGGAAUCAUAAAGAUUCUUUCAAAGUACUGAAAGAAAAGAAUGGUACACAAACAAUUGAAGGCCUUGUCCUGAACAUGGGAAUGCAUCCUGCAUAUUGCACUCCUUCAAGAAAUUCGAAUGAGGUAACUUUGGAAACCGAUGCAUUUGCAAGCAUGCGCAAACUAAGACUACUCCAACUUAGUCAUGUACGUCUCAUUGGACGCUACAAAGUAUUUCCAACAAAACUAAGAUGGUUGUGUUGGAAUGAGUUUCCAUUUGAUUAUCUACCCAGUGAUCUUACAUUGGAAAGCCUGGUUGUUCUUGAAAUGUGCUAUAGCAACUUGAGACAAGUCUGGAAGGGAAAAAAGUAUCUUCCAUCAUUGAAGAUCCUAAACCUCAGUAAUUCCCAUCGCCUUACCGGUACCCCUGAUUUUUCACAUGUCCCCAAUGUAGAAAGCCUUAUUCUUAAAGACUGUACAAACUUGGUUGAUGUUGAAUCCAUUGGAGACCUAAAGAAACUUGUUUAUUUGAAUAUGGAAGAGUGCAAAAAUAUCAGAAAGCUCCCAAAGAACAUUUUUAUGCUAAAAUUCCUUGAAACACUUAUCAUUUCUGGUUGCUCAAGUCUUAAUGAGUUUCCAGUAGAGAUGGGGAAAAUGGAAUCUCUGAAAGUGCUUCAAGGAGAUGGAGUUCCAAUAUAUCGCUUACUCACUACGAUUGUGGAGGUCAAAUUACAACCAAGAAAAAAUCCAGAGACAUAUUGGACUAGUUAUUUACCAUGCAAUUUAGUGGAAUUAAGUCUUAGUGACUGCAAUCUCUCUAAUUAUGAUUUUCCUCGGGGUUUCGGUAACCUGUUCUCAUUGCAAAGAUUAAAUCUAAGCUGUAAUCCAAUUUCUAGCCUACCAGAUUGCAUCAGAGGCCUUAAGAGACUGGAGGAACUCUCUUUUUCACAGUGUACGAGACUCGAGUCGCUUCGAGGGCUACCCCCUGUGACAGAAUUGAUAGUAAAUGGUUGCACAUCAUUGGAAACAGUAGCAUUUCAAUCAAUGUCGUACCAACCAAAGAUCAUCUUGGAUGAAUCCAAUUACAAGCUAGUUGAGAUUGAGCACUACUUCAAGUUAGAACACAUUGAAAGAGUUGAUGAAAAAAUGAUCAACCUUUUGAGCCUGGGCAAGAUGAAAUCCACGGAAACCAUUAUGAUGGAUAGUACCCUACAUGUGUUCAAAACUUGGAUGAAGAGUAGGAUGCAUCCCACCCAGGGACUGAAUGAAUAUGGUAUAUUCAGCACAUUUCUUCCUGGAAAUGAGGUUCCAGGCCCUUUCAGCCAUAGAAGUAGUACACAGUCGUCAAUAUCUUUAACCGUGCCUAUACGUGGCAAUCUCAAGAUUCGGGGCUUGAACGUCUUCUCUGUCUAUGCAAAGUCCAACAGUAAGAACAUCAAUGCCAAUGUUGAAUCAAUACCUAACCUAAUAGUUACUGCAAUUAAAGUCAGUAAUGAAAAUGGAAAGAAUUUGAAGUGGGUAUAUGUCCCUUCAUUCUUUGGCGUUCCAGGUGAUGGGAAAGACAUGGUAUGGUUAAGCCAUUGGAGGUUAGGAAGUCAAAUAUUAGAUCGUGGCGAUCGGGUGACUGUUUCAGUAUUUACGAGAUUUGAGUUUCAGGUAAAAGAGUACGGCAUUCAGCUUGUGUACGAGCAAGAAAAGAAGAUGAGGACUCGAGAAGAUAGAAUUGACACAAGUCAGUCAAAUAUGGUGCUCCAAGAUGAUCAUGAUGAGGCGGCAGGUGUAAUAAGUUUUCGAAAUGAUGCUCCUGCUUCUCAAUUUGUCAUUGCUGGAGAUUUUUCAAAAACUGACAAGGUGAUGUCAGGAACAUACUUCCUUAGCAAUCGACCUGAGGAAAUUGUUGUGGAUAGGUGGUCAUGGUUCGAUGACUUCGUGAGGGACUUUGAGGAAAAUAUAGAUCUCGAAAAUUUAGAAGAGAAACAUGAAGGGGACAUACAAUUUGGGGACAGCGAAUCCGCCUCUUAUCAAAGAGAGGGAGGGAAAGCAUUCAAUUUCGGUUGGAAUUACGUGGUCAGCAUCUUCACGAUGACAAAGAAAAUUAUUUGGAAAGCAACUCCCAACAACUUCCGUUGCGGCGGAACAGAAGGGUACUAA